AUGGAGCCUGCGAGGGCACUGGCCUGGAGCCUGCGACUGCUCGUGCUUCUUUUGCUACGACAGGUCCAUGCCGGGUGGGUCAAAGGAGCAGCUGGUCUGAGCUGUGAUGACGCAUGCGCCGCUGCAAGUGGGCAGAUUUGUAGCCAGGAGGGAAACCGACGGAUCAACUUCGACUACGAGAUGCAAUAUUUGAUGGAGAUCAACGUGACCGAGUGUGUGCCCGACCAGGAAGGUGAGGACCCUUUUCGUGUGGUCACCGACACCGGCUCGGCGUUUUAUACGCUGCAGCCCUUCCGACUGGAGAUUCCAGGUCUUCCGGAAACUGCGUGCUACAUCUUCGGCGAGGGCAGCACCUGCGAUUCCAGCAAUGCGCUGGCGCGCCGCAUUUGCUGCUGUGUUGCCGGUGGAGCCAGUGACGUUUCAUCGGAGUGCUUCUUGCCGACCACCACGUCAACAACCAUCUCCAUGACCACAUCAAAGACAACCAGUUUCACAGUGACCACCACCCAGACCACCACCAUCUCAGUCACGACGACGGCUACAACAACUGUGACUCACACUGCGACAGAAACUACCACAUCUGUCACGCAAACCACCACUAUAUCCGUGACGUCCUCUACGACGACGACCACUCGAACUUUAACGACAAGUGUCACGACCACGAGCCAGACAACAUCAAUUUCCUUCACCCAGACGACAACUACAACGUCUGUGACCCAGACCUCGGUCACUAGCUCUACCAGCACGAUUACCUCGGCGACAUCAACGUAUACCGGGACAUUAACAGAGACGUCAACGUUAACCACGACCACGUUGACCGGAACAACACGCACGGAAACAACAACAAUUUCCAUCACCACGACCUUUUCCACGAGCACCACCACAGCCACCACCACGACAGUCACGCCGAGGGCAAACACGGACAUUACCCGGGAUGUGGCAGCCGGAGCGACGCAGAUCGCGGUGGACAGCACUUUGGGCUUCUCCAUCGGUGAUAUCGCUCUCAUCAGAAGCAGGGAGGCUGUGGAGAUCAUCAACAUCACCUACGAGGUCAGACGGCUCGAAGCAGUUGAUGAGGGUUUCUUCUCGGAGGCGGAUGAGAGCGAGGAGGCAGCUUGGCGGCGCCUGAACGUCGACAACACUGUCGCGAUCCUCGAUGUCACGCCCCCCGUUGAGCGUGCCUACCCAGCAGGCACCCGCAUCAUCAACGCCGGCCCUGCGAUAUCUUACACCGGAAGUGACCCAAUCACUUUCUUCGGUGGGCAGAAAUUCAAGUUCUGGUUCCCCUUGCAUGAGGAGAUGCUCAUGUUGCAGACGCCGGAGCUACGAAUUUAUGGCCAGGUCUUUCCAGGCCCCGAGCUGGGACUGCAGUGGUUCGGGCACCUGCGCGUGCUGCGCACGGAUGGCACGCCCGUGGCCCGGGUCAGCAUCAAGCAGGGCGUCAACCAGACUUCCUCGCGCUGCUCCUCUCGCAAGCUGGACUCCUUGGACGUCUUCCUCGGCACCUCCGCCUCGCCCCUGCGUGAGCUGAACCGCCGACCCAUGGAGUUCGUAGCAGGGAAGGACGUCCGGUUCGAGUUGAACUGUCGCCAGCAGGCUCGCCCGCAGCUUGCAUCGUCAAGGACGGAGUACUUGCACUUUGAGACCCCGUCGAUUGCGUUUCUCAUCGUUGCCGCACACGCGGGCAACGAGUUCCCAAACGACGCGAAGUUAGCUCUGAAGUACAAGCACCUGGACUUCCUGAUCCUCGAGAUGCCGAGGAAGGAGAGUUUCACAGGCGUGCUUCCGGAGAUUUGGGGCCUCGUUCCGCGGUCUCCUGCAGUAGAAGCGAUGCUAGUGCCUCCGGCGUCGGGCACCCCAGUCCUCAAUGCGGACAGCGGACCUAAGUCCCUUCAGUCGCCCGCAGUGGCUCUCGUUGUUGCCGGCCUCAUGCCUCCGGGUUUUGAGGGCCUGGCCCUCCCCGGGUCAGUGGCGGUCGUGGACCUUCGCGACUGUCUCCCUGACGACCUCAAGGAGGCAUUGGAUCGCCCUCGCGAUUUUCUUUUGCCGGAGGCUGAGCUCCCGGAUCGUCACCGGGGCUCCCGUGUCAGGGCGACGGAAGCAGAGUGGCAUAAGAUAGUGAAGGCCGGUUACGACCGAGGCAUGUUCGUGGCUGUGAAGGACGAGGAUGUUCCGCUUGACAGGCGGGGCCACCUUAUCACCAAUGGCGCGGGGGCGGUGGUCAAGAUGAAAAAAGAGGGGGACCGGACCAUCGAGGCGCAACGGUUCAUCUCCAUCCUUUGCCCCACCAACGACGCUAUGAGGCUUCUCCCCGGGGCGCAGGACAAGCUUCCCUACAUAGGGCAGCUCACCGCGAUCAUGGCGGAGAAGGACUCCUACCUGGUCCUUGACUCUGAAGACCUCCAGAGUGCCUUCAACCUUUUUCGCAUGCCGUUGGAGUGGGCACCACUCUUCAGCUUUGCCCAGAAAGUCAAAGGAGAUGCUCUGGGUGGGUCGGCCAAUACAAUGUUGAGGCCGGCCCUGCGUGUGGUCCCAAUGGGGUGGACGCCGGCCGUGAGGUUAAUCCAGGCGGCGAUCAGGCACCUCAAGAAGGAGAUUCUCCGAAGCCGAGAGCGGGGAGGAGAGAUCCUUGGGGAUCGCCAUAUCCUGAGGCACGCCCACAAAUGGGACCAUGCCGGACACUUGCAUUCGGCACUGGACUGGGUCCUGGUGUUCACUGGUCUUCUGCCUUUGGCAGAAACUGACCUCUCCUCGGAACUUUGUGAGGAAGUGAGCUGUACUGACGCCUCACCUUCAGGGGUUGCGGGCUUCGUUGCUGCUCCCUGGUGUGUGCGCGAGGGCACCUGGACCUCUGUAAAUGGGACUUCAGGAGUGACGAGGGAAAAGCGCUACCGGGACCGGCGCAACCACUGGGUUCCUGGCCGAGCUCCUCUCAGAGAUCGGGCCCAUCCAGAAGGAGUGCCUCGCUUAGCGCCGCACCUCAAUGUCUCGGUUAGCCAAUGCGAUCGCCAAGCGGGCGGCCGGGCGGCCAGAGGUCUCAUGGAGGCCCAGCGCCGCGGGCGAAUGGAGAGCAUGGAACACCCAUAUGACUCCUCCAUUUGGGAGGUUCCGGAAGUGAGGUCUCUCCAAGGAGAAGGUUGGUUUCACUCGAUCUUCUCAACGUGUUGCCACGGGGACGAAAAGCAGUCAUGGCUGUGCGUGGUUCAGAACUCGGCCUCUCUGCAUGCCGUCCUUCACAAGCCGGUUUGCGACUGCAACCCCCAGCUGCCUUGGCCAGAUGGGGACUUGGAUGAGGAUGAGGAGGCCAAGAAAAGCAGCACCUCGAGUGGCUGCCAGGCUGUGAUGUCAGGCUCACCGAUCGCGGCAACGAUUUGGUGGGCCACAGGCGGGCGCGAAGCAGCGGCGAAUUGGGACUCCCUCGUCUGCUUCUAUGUGCUCGCCAAGGGGAGGUCCUCGUCAAAACGCCUCAACAGAGUGAGCCGCCGCAUCGCUAGCCUUUCCUUGGCCUCUGGUUUGAUCCCCAUGACCCUUUGGACGAUAAGCAAGUGGAACUUCUCCGAUGGUGCGUUACCUGCUACAAUGCAGGAGUUGGAUGAGGAACUUGCAGAGUAUAUGAAUCACCUUUACCAGGAAGGUGAUACGGUUAACAAUGGCAGGACCAACCCCAUGACGUGGUUGGGGGCACGUGCAAUGGCAGCUGCUGCCUUUCGCAUCGGAUUGACCGUUCUUCGAGUCGAGGGUGACGGGGACCUCGGCUGGACACACUGGUCGACCUUUCUGAAGCACCGUUCGACAGGCUACCGGGACCGGCGCAACCACUGGGUUCCUGGCCGAGCUCCUCUCAGAGAUCGGGCCCAUCCAGAAGGAGUGCCUCGCUUAGCGCCGCACCUCAAUGUCUCGGUUAGCCAAUGCGAUCGCCAAGCGGGCGGCCGGGCGGCCAGAGGUCUCAUGGAGGCCCAGCGCCGCGGGCGAAUGGAGAGCAUGGAACACCCAUAUGACUCCUCCAUUUGGGAGGUUCCGGAAGUGAGGUCUCUCCAAGGAGAAGGUUGGUUUCACUCGAUCUUCUCAACGUGUUGCCACGGGGACGAAAAGCAGUCAUGGCUGUGCGUGGUUCAGAACUCGGCCUCUCUGCAUGCCGUCCUUCACAAGCCGGUUUGCGACUGCAACCCCCAGCUGCCUUGGCCAGAUGGGGACUUGGAUGAGGAUGAGGACUCGGAGUAA